AUGAAUAUUGGAAGCUCUAGCCAGAACCCACACCACGACAUGGAGAUAAAUCAGGUGGCUCUCAGGGAAGGACUGGGGUCAGAUGAGAGUGAUGCCCGGCACUCAGCACAUGGCAGCACAGGGAGUAGAAGAUCUAGGACCGGCUCCAGAAGGAUGAACCAAAUAUAG